AUUCUCGUUGGGGAUUUUUGUCGGGUUGGCUUGGGACGUGAUGAUUCGGGCGAAUCUUGGGGGAAUCUGGCUGGUUAAGUUUCGGAUUCGUGGUGUUUUUUGGGGGCUUUAGGGUUUUAUGUUGGAUUUGCGGGGAUUAGGGCUGCUCUGUUUCAAUCCUAAAGUUUUCCCUCGUUUAGGUGAUUUGAGACUCGGAAGUUUGGGAUUUUGGGUGAAAUUACCUUACGGGCGAGUGGGUUUCGAUGUGCUGAUAACCCCAUGUUUUGCCCUAUAAUGUAGGUAGUUUUCCGGUUACAUCAGUGAUUAUUUGUUUCUGGCGAGUGCUUCUGCUGGUCUCAGUAUUCUGUGGCUGCAAAAUGAAGUGUUAUUUAGCGGGUUCAACGAGAGCUUUAGAUUUGGUUUGCUUCGCUAGAAGUGUCUCAUGUAAAAGUUAGUACGCCUUUGGUGCUGCUUUUCAUUUGUAUGCAGAUGGAUUGGAGAAAUUCAGCAGAUUUGGUUGAAGUCUGGGAAUUGAUAGGCACAUUUUCUGGCAGAAUCAAUACAUUUUGCCACGUGUUUUGUCUCGCAAAAUAUCUAUUUUAAUGAUAAGAUAACAAUUCAUUCUUUGACAUUUAAGGUUUGUGUCUCACUGUUUAGGGGAUUUUUAGUAAUCUAUAUUACUGCUACUGAUGUGUACACUGGCUGAUUCUCUGAAACAUCUUAUUUUAUUUGAGAAGGAAGUUAAAUCAUGCCUGCUACUUGCGAAAUACUUAUCCAUAUCAAGGUGAAUUUCCUGAGACAAUCGAGGAGUACUUGGAACAUGGCAGUAUGAAAUGCAUUGCGUUUAACCGUACGGGGACUCUUCUUGCUGCUGGAUGCUCAAAUGGUAGCUGUGUUAUCUGGGACUUUGAAACAAGGGGGCUUGCAAGAGAAUUUCGUGAUAAAGAUUGCACUGCGCCUUUAACAAGCGUCUCCUGGUCCAAGUAUGGCCAUCGUUUACUUGCCUCUGCUACUGACAAGUCAUUGACACUUUGGGAUGUGUCAACUGGGGAAAAGAUUGCACGUAUAACUCUUCAGCAGACUCCAUUGCAUGCCUUUCUUCAUCCUGGUUCUCCCACCCCAUCUAUUUGUUUGGCAUGUCCUCUGUCUUCUGCACCACUUCUUGUUGAUUUGAACACUGGAAGUACCACAGUUCUCCCUGUCUCUGUCUCUGAGAAUGGUAACCCCCCUGCACCCAAUUCUCGUAAUAAAUUCGCGGAUGGUACCCCACCUUUUACACCAACAGCUGCAAGGUUUGAUAAGCACGGGGAUCUGAUAUAUGUAGGCAACUCCAAGGGAGAAAUUUUAAUUGUAGAUUCAAAAAGCAUCCAGGUACAUGCAGUAAUUCCUAUCCCUGGUGGAACUGUGGUUAAGGAUAUUGUUUUCAGCAGGGAUGGCCAAUAUCUGCUGACAAAUUCUAACGAUCGGGUCAUUAGAGUCUACAAGAAUCUUCUGCCUGUUAAAGGUUCUGGAGAGGAGAUUGAAAACAUAAGCAACAACAGUAAUGCCCAUGGAAGCCACUAUGACAAGGUAAAAGCAAAUGGUGCAAACUGCCUAGUUCUUUCCUGUGAACUUUCGGAUGCCAUCACAAAGAUACAGUGGAAGGCACCAUGUUUCAGUGGUAAUGGUGAGUGGAUUGUUGGUGCUUCUGCAAACAAAGGGGAGCACAGGUUGCAAAUAUGGGACCAAUCAGGGCGCCUGGUAAAGAUCCUUGAAGGCCCAAAAGAAGCUCUCAUCGAUCUUGCUUGGCAUCCUGUUGAACCUACAAUUGCUACAGUAUCUGUAGCAGGCUUUGUAUACAUUUGGGCCAAGGAGCAUGUAGAGAAUUGGAGUGCAUUUGCUCCUGAUUUCGUGGAAUUAGAAGAGAAUGAAGAGUAUGUUGAAAGAGAGGAUGAGUUUGACCUGAAUGGACAUGAAGAACAGGCUGAGGAAUUAGUGAUAGAUGAGAAUGCUGAUAUUGAUGUAGAGACAUCUGAGAAGAAUGCAAUGUUCAGUGAUGUGGAGAAUUCUGUCGAUGAGAUUGUCUUCUUGCCAGCAAUUCCUUCCCCAGAUGCUCCUGAUGAGCAGCCAGACAAAUGCCUUGGAAGCUCAUCAAAGUUGGAGGACAGCAACCAUUCUGGUUCCCCAUCCUCAAUGGAUGCUGUACAGAAUGGUCAGGCCAUUCCUCUGGCAUCAAGCCCAAUGGAAGUGGAUAAUUCUACCGCUGAAGACCCAGCGGAAGGGACGAAUCCAAAGCGGAAACGGCGGCUGUCAGCAAAGGGGCUUGAGUUACAGCAGGCUGAGAAGGUCAAAAGACCAACAACAAAUAACAAGUCCAAUGGCAAGUCCACAAAAUGCAAGAGCAAGCAGAUGGAAUUUGCCAAUGGAAACAGCUCUGGCAUCGAUGAUGAAGCAACUGAAGACGAUGAGGUUAACAUUGAUAGCUAGUGUUUCUGAAUCGAGGACAAUAGACGGGGGGAUAGGAAAAGCUAUGCACUAUCCCCCCACAUUAGGAGAAGAUCUGCGGUAUCCUGAGACAUAAUAAACAUCUUUUAAGUAUCUGUGUUAUUGCAUGUAAGUUGAUGUCUGCUGUUUCUCUUGGAUCUUAUUUGCUCCUCUAGAUGUUUCACAUGCCCUAUUGGUUAAGCGUAAUUCCUUGAUGCCGGA